AUACAUAUAUAUUUAGACAUAACCAUAUUGUUCAACUAUUCUUAUCCUUUUAAUAACACUGCUACUAUACUACAAGUACCUUCCUUAGUUUCCAUUAUUGAAAACUAAGUAAGGUGACAACAUGUCUACUACAGAGAAGCCAGGGGAACCUGAGAACAGGACAGCUCCAACUCCGGCUCCGGCCGGCGUCGAUUUGUCUAAUUUGGAUGUGAUAUUAAGGUUUCUGUUGUUUGCAGCAUCACUUGUGGCAGUAGUGGUGCUUGUCACUGGUAAUCAAACCGAAUUGGUGCUUGUCCAAGGUAGGCCUGUGCCACAACCAGCCAAGUGGAGAUACUCACCGGCCUUUGUAUAUUUUGUGGUUGCAUUUUCGGUUUCUGGGUUUUACAGCAUCAUCACCACGCUAGCAUCACUCUCUGUGAUCCAGAGACCACAUCAAAAAACCAAGUUUCUCCUUCAUUUUCUCUUCUGGGAUGCGCUGAUACUGGGGAUAAUAGCAUCAGCAACAGGAGCAGGUGCAGGUGUUGCAUACAUAGGUUUAAAGGGAAACAGCCAUGUCCAUUGGAAUAAAAUUUGCAGUGCAUAUGACACUUUCUGUAAGCAUGUUGCUGGAUCCCUUGCUGUGGGCUUGUUUGGCAGCAUUGUUGUUGUGUUACUCAUCUUCCUUUCAGCUUUCACCCUUCACAGCAGGGUUCCCAAGUAGACAAAUGGUUCAUAGUUUCAUUAAUGUUGACAAAGUUAGUCUGAGUGUGUUGUUAAGUACUGUAAUUAGUACAGUUUGUGAAUGACUUUUUCUGUUUGUGAAUGUUUGUUGGUUUCAGGGCAAUGGUGUUUGAUUAUAUGUAAAUGGGUAGUAGUAGUAGUAGUGGUUGUCUUGGUGGUUUAUUCAUGCAUUAAAUGGUUUGUAAUUAAUUAUUCUGCACCCACAAAAUAAACCAGUUAUAAUCAACAUGGAAAUGUUUUAUAUGAUUAA